AUGUCAAUUACACUCGACACAACAUUCGACAGUAUUAAUGAACACAAAAUGAUACGACAUCAUCAUCCCCUUCCAUUGUUGCCAUCGACUUCUAAGAAUGUUCAAUCAAUAUCAAAUAUCACUGAAGAUAAAAUUGAUCAUAGUCAAGGAACAAUAACCUAUGAUCUUCAUUCAAUGCAACCACAAUCAAUUCAACUAGAUAGGUCAUACGCAUCACCUACUAUCAACAAUGAUAUUAAUCAAAAUAAUAUUCAACAAGGAAACGAUCUGUUCCAUAUUACAUCAUCAUCCCAUUCAACAUUCGCGCCAAGGCAUGAUUAUCCAUCACAUGAUCAAUUAUCAGCAUCUAAUGUUCGACAAGAUAGUACAAUAUGGACAAAAUAUCCUCGAUGGGUUCCCCGUCUAACACAAGCUAAACAAGUUCAUACUUCGUAA